UCCUUCAGUCAGAUUCACUCUGGCUUCAGCCUGAGAGAGAGAGAGAGAGAGAGAGAGAGAUGAGGCUCCAUUCACUGCUGCUGUUGAUCGCCCUCGGUGGCUGCGCUGCUGCAGAACCUCCAGGACCAACACUGAUCCAAUUAAACUCAAUCUUCCAACCAAACCGGUCAGCGGUCGUUCUGACUGCCGGCUCUGAGGUCCAGCUUAGUUGCCUUGGUGAUGGGUUGGUGAACAUAUCCACCACUGCGUUUCGUCCAUUACCGAGGAAUUGUCAGAACACCUUGCAGAUCAAAAGUGUGUCUCUCAGACACACUGGUACGUACCAUUGCAGGUACGCCAACCAGAGCCUGGAACACCUGAACACCUGGAUACACCUGUAUGUCAAAGAUCCAGGUAACAACUCUGCUGUGUUUGUCACGCCUCGCUACACAUCUAGCUAUCCUAAAGAGGGUGACGACUUCCUGUACAAGUGUCUGCUGACUGACCCAGCUGUCACAGAUCUCACCCUCCAAUCAGAGGGUGGGGGUAGGGGGCGGGGCCUGCCCCCAGGUAUGAACGUCACCUUAGACCCUCAAAAGGGAGCCUUGAUCAAACAUGUGAGGAUGUCCUUCAAAGGCCAAUACGCCUGUUCAGGUUGGAGGAAUGGGCGAGAGUUCCGAUCAGAGCCGUUUGCCCUGAUGGUGGCUCCCAUGGACCCUCCUCCCUCCAUCGCUGUGAGCCAGGGUGAGUGGAUCCGUCUACCAGGAGAACCGUUUACCGUCACCUGUCAGAGCAGCAACCCUUCUCACAGCUACACCAUCGCCUGGACUUACCCACACACAAAGGACCUGGCAGUCAGUGAAACCAAGUCCUACAUCAAUGGGUACUUUCACAUCAGCAGCACUCUGACCGUCUCUGCUGUCAACCGUCAACACAGCGGUCUGUACACCUGUGCUGCUUAUGGCAGAGCUGGGGUUGCCAAGGCAACCACCCACCUGACCGUAUUGGAUCACCCUUACCUGAGGAUCUACCUUCAGACUGCCAACACCCAGCAGGUCUCCGAUGAUCUGCCUGGCAACUUCAGCAGGGAGGAGACGACUGGGGAGCCAGCGGCUAACGUCAGCUUCGGUUCGGAGGAGCUGCAGAGAGAACUGGUGUUUAACGGGAGCAGAGGCAGCGGCUGCAGGACGGUGGAAGUGUUCGAAGGUGGAGACCUGACCCUGACCUUCGUCAUGGAGGGCUAUCCUCCAAUCAGACAGCAUCACUGGACGACACCGGAACACGUAAACAAUGAUGGCAGCAGUGUGUAUGAGAGAAGCUACACUGCUACUGCCAACAGGUCAGAGGCCAACCUUCUGGUGCGGCGAGUUCGUCAAGAAGAUGGCGGUCGAUAUUCUUUUAAUUUUUCUAACUUGUUCUUUAACGGGUCGCAGGAUGUGGACCUCCGGAUCUACCGUUCUCCGACUGUCAGCGUCACGCAGCAGAACCAGUCCCUGAUGUGCAGCGGUUCUGGUUACCCCCGGCCCACGGUCCUCUGGUCCGUCUGCACCCAGGUGGACAGGUGUGAUCCCAGUUCCAACCACAUGGUGUCUCCAUCUGCUGCAACCUCAGAGGAUGGGGAGGAGGUGAGGACAUUCUUCCCUCUGUCCAGCCCUGACGAUGAUGUCACAGUCAUGUGUUUGGCGUACAACCGGGUGGGCGAGUCUCAUCAAGUGUUUGUUCAUCGUUCCACAGGACUUCGCACCGUCUUCACUCCAGCUUUGAUUGGAGCGCUGAGCGUCUCCUCCGUCCUCCUCCUGCUGCUGUUGAUUGUGUUCUACAAGUGCAGACAGAAACCAAGGUAUGAAAUUCUGUGGAAGAUCAUUGAGAGUAACGAUGGCAACAACUACACCUUCAUUGACCCCACCCAGCUGCCAUACAACCAGAAGUGGGAGUUUCCUCGAGAUAAACUGCGACUUGGGGGCGUCCUGGGCUCGGGGGCGUUUGGAAAGGUUGUUGAGGCGACGGCGUACGGCCUGGGAACAGAAAACAAGGCCACCAGAGUUGCUGUCAAGAUGCUCAAACCCAGCGCUCACUCCGAGGAACGGGAGGCUCUGAUGUCAGAGCUGAAGAUCCUCAGCCAUCUUGGUUACCAUGACAACAUUGUUAACCUGCUGGGCGCGUGCACGCAAGGAGGCCCCAUGCUAAUGAUCACAGAGUACUGUAGCCAUGGCGACCUACUCAACUUCCUACGGACUCACGCGCCAGACUUCAUGGCGUCCAUGAUCACCAUAGACGAGGUUGGAGAUGAGGUCUUCUAUAAGAACUUGACAGGACAGCCGGAAAGGCUACGGAGUGACAGUGGGAUCUCGUGCUGGUCAGAGUACCAGGAGAUGCAACCGGCCCUGAUUCCAGGUCCAAAUGAGCCAGGUGAGCACAUGGUGAGCCUGUCCCUCUGUGACCUCCUGAGGUUUUCCUACCACGUGGCUCAGGGAUUGGACUUCCUGUCCUCCAGAAAUUGCAUCCACAGAGACGUGGCGGCGAGGAACGUCCUGCUGACCGACUGUCGGGUGGCAAAGAUCUGUGACUUCGGUUUGGCUCGAGACAUUCAAAACGACGACAGCUACAUCGUUCAGGGAAAUGCCCGGCUGCCGGUGAAGUGGAUGGCUCCAGAGAGCAUCUUUCAGUGUCUAUACACAGUUCAGAGUGACGUCUGGUCCUACGGGGUCCUGCUCUGGGAGAUCUUCUCUCUGGGUAAGAGUCCGUACCCAAACGUUGUUGUGGAUACCAACUUCUACAAGAUGAUCAAAGAUGGCCACCACAUGGAGCAGCCGGAUUUCGCUCCGAAUGAAAUGUAUCACCUGAUGAAGCUCUGCUGGAGUGGGGAGCCCACCCACAGACCCACCUUUAAAACCAUUGGUCAGCUCAUCGAAAGACUCCUCCCCCUGACCAGUGACAUGUUGCCGCGUCACAGUGACCAGGUGAUGUAUGAAAACAUUGAUGAAUGCAGAGCAGAAGAAGAGGAGGAGGAGGAGGACGAGGAGGAUGAGGUCCAAGGUGGAACACUGAAGAGAAAAGAGGAAGAGCAGGAUCGCCAUGACGAUGGCGAAGGAGAGGAGAGGGAGCCGGCGAUGAACAACAUCUACCAGCUCUCCUGAUGAGUGACCCGGUGAAGAUCAGUAGAGCAGCCAUGAACUCACAUUGAGUUCAUCUCAUCUCCACACAUCUCCAGCUCCUCUCCCAGAGACUAAAGCCAAAAAAGGAAAGAGUUGCCGUUAAGCCAGCCUGGUCCUGUCUGAUCCAUUCUACAAACUCUGGAUCUCCAACCGAUUGAAGGUUAAGAGGGUUUCAACGUGCAACCUUCUGGAUCCGGGUGGGGUCACCAGCUGGGGUCACCAGGUUGUCCGUCCAACAUGGUCUCUCGUCUGAUUUCUUCCUCUUCAAGUUUGUCGGUUUUGGACGUGAAGCAUUUUUCUUCUUCUCUGAAACGUGUUGCUCGAUAAAUUCGUGUUUGUGACGUUUGAAUCAUGCUGUGUCAUAAAGCAAACAGGAAGUGCCCUUCAGAAUAAGAGUCUGGGCUUUUUGGAAUAAACUCAGAAACAAAG